CUGAAAUAAAUUCUUAGAAGUUCACUUUUGUUGAACAGAGACAUAGCUCACCGCUUAUUUUUAUGGGCUUUAGGCUGGAUAAAUAUUACUUAUGAAUGUUACCUUUACCAUCCACACACAACUAUGCCAAAUUUACCCCAACAAUAAAAGGUAUCCCGACUGUGUUUUCGUUGAAAUUAAUUUAAACUGUACGCGCAUUAGUAAACACAGUAAUAGUAAUUUGUAUUCAUUUUUUUUAGAAAUUAGAAUUAGUUAGACUUAAUUAAUAUAACAGCAAAUGAAUAUAAAAUGUAAAAGACUAGGCUUUGGGGGAUCUUCCAAAAUAAUGUGAAUUUAUUUACGAAGUGGCUAUUCAGACCCGGCUACCAGAAGUGAGAGGUUGGGAUUAAAAAAUAUUAAAAUUAUUAACCAUAAUUAUUGUUGGGUUUGUAAGUAAGAUAAAAAUUUGGUAUCGAAUGAAAGAUAAUUGAAUGGACUAUAUGUUUGCAAACUUAAUAUUUAAUUCUUUAGUAUUAGUAUAGCAUAGCAUUUAGUCUAGUCAAAAUUUUGUCAAAAUGGAUCCGGACACGGCACACGCAUCGCCGCUAUUUGGCCUGGAGUCAUUUUAGACUAAAUGAAAAUGCUAUUCGGAUGUCAUUUGUGGUAGUUUAUUUGAGUUAAACUGAAGAAUUAAGUUUAUAAAUAUAUAGUCAAAUAGUCUAUUCAAUUAAAUUUCAUUUGAUACCAAAUUUUGUCGUACCAACCCUACAAUAAUAUUUUUAUUAUUUUUUAAUCAACCCAACCUCUCACUUCUGAUACUGGGUCCAAAUAGCCGCAGCCAUUUAUUAAUUGUAAGCCCCUUGUUAAAAAUGAUUUUACUUUUAUUGAACUGUAAAAAUUAUUUUUUUAGUGAUAUUGAUAACUAGAAAUAAAAUUUAAAAUGUAUAAAUUAAUGAUCAUUUUCAUGCUUGUUUUAUAUUUUGAGUUCAUAAACAAAAUUUUUCCAUUGGUCUUUCAAUAGAUUCAAACUAAAAAAAAGAAAUAGAUUAUAUUUAAUGUUCUGAAAAGAAUUCUGAGAUGUCUGCAAUUGUGAAACAAGUAAAUCUAAUCACUCUCAAGCUGGAUAUGUUAAAAGAUGAAAGGCGACUUUUUAUGGAGACCCUGGAUGCAUAUUUUAAUCAAGUAUGAUAUUAAAUUUAAAGAGAGAAAAGGCUAAAUAGUAAAAUAGCUAAUAUAAAUACCCUUUGACUUAAAAAGUAAAGGUCUCAACAGUCUAAAAUUCUGUUUCAUAUCUGUGAUUUGUCAAUGUUAUCACUGCUCUCUAUCCUAUGCAAGUCUCUUAUUUUAAAAAAAAAAGAAUUUUAUCUAUUCACCUGUUAUGAUUUAUUGUUUUAAUAAUGAAAAAAAAGUCCAUACUGUUAAGUGAUUGAUAUAAAUAAGUACAUGUCCUCAUUGUUUCUUUCAUUAAAUUUGGUGUUGUAUUGAUUAUGACUUAAUACUGAUUGUUUGUACUAACUGUAAUAAUUCAUGUCUCAUUAAUUUCAUCAUUAUAAAAGUCCGGUAAAUUUGGAGAGAUAGCACCGCGGCCGACAUCUUGGUUGCUGCGACCAGUGAACUUAUGUCCUAAAUGUAUCCCUAAACCUAACCUGACCCUAAACUUAUCCCUAACCUAGGUUUUAACCCUAACAGAACCAGGGUUUUGACCCUUUCGCAACCAGGUUUUUGACCCUAUCGGAGCCAGGGACACAACACGCAAAUGGCGUCAGGGUGCUGUCUCUCCAAAUUAGCCAAAAGUCCCUCUAUCUAAUUUUUACUGGUAGUUUAUAAAAUUAAUAUAAUUUAUAAAAUACAAUUUCUACAAAAUAUGUUAAAUCUGAAAGUACUGGUACUUUAAUCUUUUUUUUUUUUUAAAGGUAUGGCUUAUGGUUAAGGCCUAAGCUAAAUAAAAAUGUGCAUGAGGAGAUAUUAGACAGGGAAAUAUGUGUCAUUGAAGUCUCCAAAUGAGCAGAUUCUGCUUUAUUUUUAAAAAAAUUACUUUUGUUGCUGUUGUUAAUAUGCACUUUCUUUAUUUUUCUAAAUAAGUAAUGAUUCUGAGUUUUGUGUGUUUAAGAGGAGAUCAGAGAGGACGAAUCAAGAUAGAUGACGUUAUUGGGAAGAGUUAGAAACAUAGAUGACAUUAUAUUAGAAGAGUUAGAAAGAUAAAUAACAUUAUACAAACUGGAUAGGGUAAUUUAUUCCUAAUUGCUUUGAAUUAUACUUUCAAGGUUAUCUACCUUGGUCAGUCAUUUGUUGACAAUCCAAGUAACUCACUUCUAAACUUUAAAGACAUCAGUCUCUCGGUGGAGAGUGCCCUGUCUUUCCUUGGAGAAAAAACAGCGGAGUUCAAAACGAAACUUAAACAGAAAUCUGGAUUAAUAGGUAUCUUAACUUUUAAACUUUUUAUUUUAUGUUAAUAAAUAGAUCAGUCCUAAGAGCUGAUACUGAAUUAAAUUUACAUUCACUGAGUUUUUCAAUAGUUUUGCUCCUGGUAAAUAAAAUUUGCUAUAAUUCCAGCUAAGUAAGUUAUGCAUGAGUAAUGGGUAGGUUUUUAUGUUUCUGGAUAAAGAUAGCCUUAACCUUACAUUUCAUUUUAAGCCCAUUUAUUCCAAUAAUUUUAAUUAUGAUUAUUCCGAUUGUCCAGAAAGUUUUACUUCAUCUAAUUUAAUGCGGCGGGAUGUCUGUAUUGAUUCUGUCAGAUAGCGAUAAAGAUACAGUAAAUUUAUAAACCUGCUAAACAGCAAUGCACAUUAGUUCAUGAUGCUGUGCAAUUUUUCAAAUUUGAAAGAUGUGUGAUGUUACAAAAAAACUUUAAAAAACCAUGCAGUGUUGUUGUUUUUUUAAUUUGGGGUAAAAAUAAAAGGCUGUCAUAACAACUAAAAGGCAAAGAAAAGUCUACUCAUUCUGGAGUUCUUUUCAAGCAUUAUUCACUUAAGUUUACUCGGUAGGUUGAUUAUUGAAAAUUCUUCACUUGCUGUGUGAUUAGGAUGCCUAAAUUAUUAUUAUUUGUAAAAAAAAAUAUAUAGUGCUAAUGCCAUUGACCAUGGGUUAAAUCCACAGUACAAGAUCACAAUAUCUUUCCUUUUCAUAAUAGGAACUAUUUCAUAUUUCUGGAUGACAAACAUGGAAUAAUUUUAACUUAAAUUAAGAAGAGAAGAAGAAGAAUUGAAAAGUACAGGGAUACAAUCAAGUUUUGUUAUCAAUGAGUUAGCUUUAGUUCUUGAUCUUUCACAAUCACUCAUUAUUUGCUUUAACACAAAAAAUGAAAUCGCAUCUGAAGGCUUUAUAAAACUAAAAACUGAUAAAUGCUUCCGCUGUUGACCAAGUGGGGAAUAUUUACCUAACAAUUUUUUUGGUAGCUAUGUUGACAUCUUGAUCAUUUUUUCACAACAGCCUAAGUUGGGAAUCUAAUUCUCAAUUAUGUUUUACUGAGUUGAACAAUGGUACUAUGGUCUUUGAACUCCGUGUCACUGGUCCAUGUCUUUCACUAACGUAAUGGUUAGUGGCACAUUUGCAGACCUGUUAACUCUUACAAUUUUGGCGUACAAUGUACGAUUUUGAGGUGUAUACAUUAUAUGUAUUGUAUGUUUAUUUUUUACUAUUAAGAUAAUGUAUUGAACGAUUUGGUCAUGAUAUUGUACGAUUUUAAGAGUUUGAUGGUAAACAGGUCUGCAUUUGAAGAACUGACCCAUCCCCACAGACAUACCUAAAAUAACUGGUUAAAUAAAUAUGAAUCAAUACAUUUGCAGGCCAUGAGCUACAUUCUGACUUUGAAACUUCAGAUUCAGUGUCGUUUGAAAUCCUACAACAAUCACCUUCUAGAUUUGCAGAAUUAAAGACACACUCACAAGCCACAGGUACCAGAUGCGUCAAGUUUCAUUUACCAGCGUUUCUUAAAUUAUUGUUAUGGUCUUCAUGCCUCCUGCUUUAUUAAGAGUUGCAUUUAAAUGCCCGCAUUAAAAGUUAGCUCAUAAAAUUGAUUUAUUUUAAUUUAUCGAUAUUUUUUAAAGAGCAGCAAUGUGUUUUGUGCUUUAAUUGUUUAAACAAGUAAAUUUAUUUGACAGAAAUCAUGUCAUUUAAAUUGAAAAUAUUUUUAAAAAACUACCAGUAAAGAAUAAACAGCUAUUGUUGUUUUUUAAAAUUAAAUUUACAUUGGUUAAAAAAAAUCUUCGCCCUACUUCAACAGACCAGACACCCGAAAGAACUGAAUUCCUGGAAAAGCAACUUAAAUCAAACAGCGUCAAACUAGAAACACUGUCCACAACACUAAUUCGGGUCAUUGCCAUAAAAAAAAUCUUCGCCCUACUUCAACAGACCAGACACCCGAAAGAACUGAAUUCCUGGAAAAGCAACUUAAAUCAAACAGCGUCAAACUAGAAACACUGUCCACAACACUAAUUCGGGUCAUUGCCGACUUGAACAGUCUGAAAAGGCUUGGGAACGGGGAUGGAUUUAAAGUGCAGAAUGCAGAAGGAGACGGUAGAGCAUCAUUGGGUCUAGAACAGAGUGAAACGUUUGUGGAGAUGAAAAAAAAUUACUCCUCACUGACAUCAGAUCUAGAAAGCAUCUCGAAACGCUAUGAGUUCAUCAUGAAAGAGUUUUCUGCCAGUAAAUGCGAGAAUGGACAACAAAUGAACGUUUUAGAAAAGCGCCUGAACGAUUUGGAGAGCAGAGGGAGCAAAACGGAGAUCAGAUCAUCAGACGUGGAAAACAAAGUGUGCAGGCUUGAAGACAGCCACAGCAAGAUAGAUCACAAAAUUAACAGCCUGGAAAACAGACUGAGUAAGAUGGACAACAGGCUGAAUGAAACGGAUACGAGGGUGUCUCAGUACGAAUUGAGAACCUGUGCGGUCAUCGGUGAAAAGGAGGCUGAAAUGAGAGAUCUCUCGGACAGGCUCAGGCAGACGGUUCAAGACAUUUUGGCCAUCAAGCAGGUGACCAAUGAGAGAAAAGAGAUGGACUUGGCCAAGUUGACAGAGAUUGAGGACUGUGUUAAAAGCUUACAGAAGAACUGCGCGAAACUUGACCUAGAGCAGAGGGUGACAAAACUUAGUGAGUGGUUUCAGAAGCUGGACACGGAAAGAUGGACUUGGCCAAGUUGACAGAGAUUGAGGACUGUGUUAAAAGCUUACAGAAGAACUGCGCGAAACUUGACCUAGAGCAGAGGGUGACAAAACUUAGUGAGUGGUUUCAGAAGCUGGACACGGAGAAGCGGAAUGAUGCCAAGCACAUAGAGGAGGUCACAUCUGUGGUAGGAUUUUAUAAACAAACAUUGAAAUGAAAUUAUUUAAAUUUUUAAAUAAUAAGAAAUUGAUUAAAAUUAAUUUUUUGAAAAUCAAUGAGUGUGUUUUGGCAAAAUAGGAAUUUUGUCUUGAUAAACAGACAUUACCUUUUUUUUUGUUAACGCCUCCUUAUUGCACUGAUCAUUUCACAUGUACUCGUAUUUCAGCUUGAUUCAAUACAAGCCACACAGAACAGUUUAAGUUCAAGGCUGACUAAAGUGGGUAUGUAUGGCCUCAAAUAAUAAUUCUUGACAGAUAUCUUAACUUCAUUCUGCCACACUUAUUAAUCCUUUACAUUAAUCCUUCACUGUUGAUUGCACUUAAAAUUUACCUACAAAUGCCUACUCUGAUGCCAAAAGUUUUCAAUACUUUCCAGAUAGGCAUUCAUUGUCAUUGGGAUAACUUUAUUUUUUAACACUUUAUUCAACAUUGACCAAUUCUCUGUGUCAAAAAAUGCCCAUGCUGUAAGUCACAAAUCGAAAAAGUUCGAAGUCACAGAAUGCAAUCAUUUUCUAAAAGUAAGUAGUAUUCGAAGAAAUGUGCUCCACCAUUGAAACGAAUGCUGGACGGAAAUGACACUUUUGUAUGAAUAAAUCAUGUCAUGUUGUGUACCAGGUUCUCUGGGUUUGGUAGCAAGUUUUGUCAUGUUACGUACCAUGAUUCCUUUGUUAUUAUUGCAGUCAUAAUAUGGACCAGGUUCUCUGGGUUCUUGUAGCAAUGAUGUUUUGUAAUUUAACAGGUUCCCCGAGUUCUUGUAGCCAUUUUGUCAUGUUAUAUAACAUGUUUCCUGGACCUUGUAGCAAUCAGGUCAUGAUUUUUAGCAGGUUCCCUAUGUUGUAGAAAUUAUGUCACAUUAUCAGAGCUGUUUACCCUCAAACCCUUAAAAUCGUACAAUAUCAUUACAAAUUGUUCAAUUACCAUCUUAAUAGUAAAAAUAAGACAUACUGACUUUAUAAUGUAUAAACCUCAAAAUCGUACAUUGGACGCCAAAAUUGUAAAAGUAAACAGGUCUGCAUUAUAUUUGAUAAUAACAACAGAACAUCCAACUGUAUGCCUUGAUUAUAGCCAUUAAAAAUAGUGAACAUCAGAAGUAAUUUGUUUUUAUGUGUUCUACAUUUAGAUUUUUAACAGUGUAUUGACAUUAUUUUUUUAGAACUUAUUUUUAUGGUAUCUUUUUAUUUUUUAAAUAUUUUUUUUUAUUGAAAAGAGCAAAACGGAUGUUAUGAUAAAAAUAACCCUUGUCCAAAAACUAUUCUCAAAAUAUUGUUUUUUGUUGUUGUUAGUUUCAAAAGGAUACUUAAUUAGCUAAAAUAAAAAUGCUUAUGCUGGCAAAAUGUGGAUUUGAAAACUUCAGAAAAACAUAAAGAAUAAGCAACACAUAGAUAUAUUAAUAUUUGUUCUCAGGUUUAUACAAUUACAGUCUAAAGUAUCUAUUAAUUAACAAUUAUUGUUCAAUCUUAUAUUGUUUUAUUUGUGUGGUUUUGUAUAUAUUUGAUAUCCCCUUCUGAUUUUUUCAUGACACCAUGAUAUCAGAGGCUCAAGUGAAACCAAAGUACUUAUCCUUGGCACAACAGGCUGCUUUGAUGAAAGUUGGUGCGAGAGUGAAAAGAGGACCUCACUGGGUUCAAGGAAAUUUUGUAAGUCUUUAUCUAAUUGGAAAUGUCAUUUUUUUUUAAAAUAAUUUUUUUUUUCUAAGUUCAUUAAUUAUGGUUGAUAACUUAAAAAUGAGUAUUCAGCUAUUCUUACAACUGAUGUUUUCAUAGAAUUUUGAAAUUUUUAUACAUUUUUUAAAAUUUUGGCUGAUGUAUAAAAUAAAUUCUCUAAAACUGACAAAUUUUGUGUUCGGUCAAUCAACUUGACCAGGGAUCCAUUUCAUUAAAUCCUCUCUGUGUGUGUUUCACACAGGAUGGCUCACCUCCAGGUUUGGGUACAAUUGUUCUUGAACUGGCGCCUUACAACAUGGUGAAGGUCAAGUGGGACUGUGGCAAUGAGGACAACUACACCAUUGGUGGCUACCAGAAUAGAUUUGAGCUACAGCUGGCUGAUCAGCCCUGAAUCAGCCCUUGUGGAAACCCAUAUUUGCCCGUCUUUUAAAUUAUGGGGCCUAGCUUUCAUAAUGUGUCUUGUGGUAAGAAAAAUCUAUGUGAGACUUUGUUGAUAAACCGGUGUGAUGAAGGAUUACAUGUGCCAUAGAUUGUCAGUGUAAAUACAGAAUUUUAUUUUCUUUUUCUAAACCAAUGAGACUAUAGACUGAAAGUGGAACAGGUUCAUUAUAAAUGAGCAGUACCAGAGAUAACACUUGAAAUGUAAGUUUGCAUGGUCUUUUCAGUGACUUAAAGUUUGAUUUAUUUGUUGAUUCUGGUGAGUUAUGCAGUAGAACUUUACAAGUUAUUAUGAUAACAAUAGCUCCUUAAAUAUUUUUCGUAAAAUAGGUCUUAUUAUUUUUCAUUGUUUGGUAAAGAUAUUGUAUAUUUAUUUAUUUGUUUAUUAUUAUUCAUUUUUAUUCUGAUC